AUGGCACCUUUACACUCGUUUAUUCUGUUCUUGUCAUUCGUUUUGAGCCCACUCGUUUUGGCCGCCCCUUGGAUUGUGACUGAUGUCUAUGAGCAAAAUGUCGUGACAGAUUACUAUGGCAGAUCUGUCACUAAUGUCGAUAACAUAUCACCCACUGCGACUUUGCCAGCCGAGGCCCUGUCAACCAUUACUUCCACCAACACCUACGAGGAUUACACCGUCAUCCAGAAAUUGUAUCCCACUGGCUAUGGCGUUGAGCGGGGCUACGAGUACAACUAUCUUACCCUCGAUACGGAUGGGGCCUAUCACACGACUGUCUACAAGGUCAACCUGACUUUCUCCGCCCCGACGGCCUGCUCUACUCAAUGGACCACCACAACUGCCGUCCAGCUCACUCCCCCUCUGAGAUCCGGGCCCACCACCUACAUCUACGAGGUGGUGUACGUGGAGCCCACCCAAGUACCCAGCAGCGACUUGAGCUCACUGAAAUACUGGAACGCUCCUACGAGUUUGUACACUGGCCCCAAUUGCAAACCCUCAGUCGGCAGCUCUUCAGACGGCACUUACUCUAGCUACCCUCCGGACUCUGGCUACACUCCCGAUUACCCCUACAGCGGGUACUACGGCAACUACUGGGGCGACGACGGCAACUGGUUCACCAGCAAAUGGGGCCUGGACAUCGGAAUCUCCCCCUUGGCACUGACACUGAUCAUCUCGCUGGGCUGGAUCGGCCUCGUCUUCAUCUUCGGCAUGAUCGAGGCUUGGGUCCGAUUCCGUCGUCUCAUGACCGGCUGGCAGACACGUCGUGGACUGCCCCUGUUCUGGGCAUUCAUCUUGCUCCCUUUCUCCCUCUUCUUCUUGUUCUGUUUCCGCAAGGGCUACCGCGCUCGCAGCAAGGAGGAUGCCGCGAUCCUCCGGAAAAAGUGGAAUGCCAUGAGUUUCUGGACAAAAUUGCGCUUGUACUUCGCUUGGGGUUUCCGCUUCAAGUACCCGACUGUCUUGGGUCCCGCCCCUCCCCACGUCAAGGCGAGCAAGAGGCCCGAUCAGUCCGGUCCGCGCUUGUUAGAACCCACGCCGCCGGGAACUGCUACUCCUUCGCCGGCUGGAUCGCAGGCACAUAUUCCAACUACUGGCCCGGAGAUGGGCGAGGCGUCCAACUCGCGCGCCCAUCCUGUUGCAGCUCCGGUGGCGUCUGGAGCUCUGUCAGGCCAUGAUGAGGAGAUUGGUCACGCUCGCUGA